AUGCAAUUCAAAUCAUUAGCUUUCGCUGCUUUAGCUUCAUUACAAUUUACCAACGCUGCUUCUAUCAAUGCUCGUGAUGAUAUCCCAUCUGCCAUUGCUAAAGCUACAUAUGAUAAAGAUCAUACCCAUUUCGAUUAUGAAUUAAUUUUUAAAGAUGGAUUAAAACUUGAAGAAGGUGUCUUGAGUGUUAAUUUUACAUUAUCAGAAACUAAUCCAGAUAAAUUUGGUUGGGAUAAUGAUUUUGGAAUUUUAUCAAGUACAAAUUUAAAACCAGUUUCUAAAGAUUCUAUUAAAUUUGGUGAUGGAUAUGGUCAAGGUAUUUGGAAUUAUAAAGAAGAUGGUAAUACUGCAACUUUAAGUCUUUAUGCUAAUAAUGGAGGUAAAAAAAUUGAUGGUGCUAAAAUCCUUGCUGCCGGUAAAUUCACUCCAAAAGAUAGUGAAAAGGGUUAUGGUUUCUCUAAAUCUACUACUGAAAUUAAAAAUCAACCAAAUGAUAACUGA